AUGGUUGAAGGUGGCCAGAGGAUGGGCACAGGAGCCGCAAGGAACUCAUCUGAAAGUAGGACAUUGGGACGAAGUACUAUAUUAAGUAGUACAAUUGAAAGGUUCCCGGCGCCGUCCACCGACCCCCAUGUUACGACGGCUAUCUUCUACGCCGCGUCACAUGACUAA